AUGAAAAACGAACUUUUAGCAGUCAAAGAAAAGUUUCGCAACCUCAGCGAAUACAGCAAACAGUUGAAUCGAUGGAUUUUAAAAUCAAUAGGCGUUUGGCCCGUCUCAUCUUCUGCUACGAGGACUGAAAAGAUCGUAUCGCAAAUUUUAGUUGUCAUUUGUUGGUGCUUUUCAUUAUUCACCAUAAUUCCCAAUUUACUUCGCAUCAUCCUUGAAAAGGAAAAUGCUUAUCGUAAACUGAAGACGCUUGGUCCUUUAAGCCAUUGGUUCGUCGGAGGGUACAACUAUGCUGUUCUGCUCUUACGUAAAGAUGAUAUUCGUUAUUGCAUAAAACACGUAAAAACCGAUUGGACUAUCAUAACGCGGCCGGAAAAUCAACUAGUGAUGUUAAAGCACGCAAAGCUCGGUCGCUACGUUGCUAGUCUCUCCGCGGGCUUUCUGCAAGGUGGCGUUUUCUGCUACUGUAUCGUAGCAGGAUCGACCAAAGAAAUCAUCGAAAUUGGCAACGAGACCAUAAGCAAACACGCUUUACCUUGUCCAGUCUAUAAAAUCCCAGUUGAUACCAACUUGACACACACUAUCAUCUUCAUUAUCCAAUUUUUAUCGGGAUUUGUCGCGAGUUCAAGUGCCACUGCUGCUUUUAGUCUUGCUAUCACCUUCUCCAGCCAUGCUGUAGGACAAUUGAACGUGAUGACGGUAUGGAUCAACGAAUUUGUAAAUCGACCAAGAGGUUGGAACAAAAAUGACUGUAUUAACAGAAUAAGCGUAAUUGUUGAACAUCAUUUGAGAAUUCUUAGUUUGAUAGCACGUAUUGAACGUACGAUGACUACGACGUGCUUCAUGGAAAUAUUAAAAUGUAUGGUGGGUAUGUGCUUGCCUGGCUAUUACGUGCUAGUGGAGUGGCCUAACGUAAACGUUCAGAACGCGGUUGUGUACAUUAUGAUACUUGUAUCUAUGAUUUCCAACAUAUUUUUAGUAUGUUAUAUUGGCGAAACGAUAACUGAAAAGUGCAAAAAGAUUGGUGACAUAAUUUACACGACGAAAUGGUACCAGUUGCCUGAGAAAGAUAUCCUUAAUCUGAUCAUGAUUAUUUCACGUUCCGGCGUGGAGGUUAAAAUAACUGCCGGAAAAUUGAUUAACACGUCUGUCUACACCUUUGGUAAUGUAGUAAAAACCGUUUUUACAUAUUUAAACAUGCUGCGUCAAACGACAAUAAUGUAA